CAUCGCCGCUCCUGCCUGCGCACCACCACCACAUCAGCCAUGUCGCACGCACAGCCCGCACCCGCCGUGCUCGGCAGCGAGCGGCCCAGCGACGAGAAGCGCGACUCGGCCUCGGGCCACGAGGAGAAGGAGCGCCGCUUUGCGCCCGCCGCCGUGCUGGCGGCCAGCGAGCCGGGCGGCGUCGAGUCGCAGCACACCUUCACCGCCGGCGAGCUGCACGUCAGCGACGACGAGCGCCGCGUGCUGCUGCGGCGCCUCGACAAGCGCGUGAUGCCGUACGUGACGCUGCUCUACCUGCUCUCCUUCCUCGACCGCGUCAACAUCGGCCAGGCCGCCGGGCUGGGCCUGCGCCGCGACCUCGGCAUUGUGCGCGGCAACCGCUACGCCAUUGCGCUCUCCAUCUUCUUCGUCUUCUACGUGGCGUCUGAGAUUCCGGCGCUGCUCGUCUUCAAGCGCCUCGGCGUGCGCCGCGCCAUUCCGAUCAUCAUGAUUGCCUGGUCGCUCGUGCUCAUCGGCAUGGGCCUCGUCAAGACGUCGGCCGACCUCAUCGCCACGCGUGCGCUGCUCGGCCUCUUCGAGGGCCCCCUCUUCCCGCUGCUCAACUACAUGCUCUCCUGCUGGUACUCGCGCGCCCAGCUCGGCACACGUGUCGGCAUCUUCUUCAGUGGCGCCACGCUCGCCGGAGCCUUUGGCGGCCUGCUCGCCUACGGCCUGGCGCAGAUCCACAUGCCCGCGGGCCCGUACGAGGGCGAGCAGUGGCGCUGGAUCUUCAUCAUCGAAGGCAUCCUCACGCUCGUGUGCGCCAUCCCCGGCUUCUGGAUGCUGCUCGACUUCCCCGCCGCCGAGAAGCGCAUGUUCGAGCCCCUCUCCAAGGCGCGCUGGAACCACGUGCUGGCCAAGUCGCAGGGCGUCACGUCUGCCGAUAUCCCCUUCACGUGGAGCCAGGUGCGCUCGGCGUUCACCGACUGGCGCGUGUGGGUCAUGUCGAUCAUGUACCUCUCGGUGGCGAAUCCGCUGUACAGUCUCGCCAUCUUCAUUCCGCAGCUCAUCAGCGGGCUGGGCGCGUUCGGACGCACGUCGAGCAACCUGCUCUCCGUGCCGCCGUACGUCGUGGGCUUCAUCACGACGAUGGCCUGCGCCUUCUACUCGGACCGCCACCUCGUGCGCAGCGUGCCCAUCGUGGCGUGCAUGUCUCUCACGCUCCUCGGCUACAUCCUCUUCAUCGUCGAGUCGGUGCCGCCGGGAGCCAAGUACGCCGGCUUCUUCUUUGCCGUCGGCGGCGUGUCGCCUUGCAUUGCUCUCUCCAUCACUUGGAUCGGCAACAACGUCGGCGGCGCGGUGAAGCGUGCUGCGGCGAUGGGUCUCUUCUUUAGCUUCGGCAACUCUGCCGGCCUCGUCUCCUCGAACGUCUACCCGCUCACCGAUGCGCCGCGCUACAUCAAGGGCCACUCGAUCAACCUUGCCUUCACCGUGCUCGCCAUGGCGUGUGCCACGGUGCUCGGCAUCGCCAACUACCGCGAGAACAAGCGGCGCGACGCGCUCUGCUACGCCAAGCCCGACGGCUCCUCUGCGGACCCGCUCAAGGCCGACGACGAGGAGGAGAAGGCUCGCUGGGGCCUCUCGCACCUGAGCAAGGCCGAGAUCCUGCUGCUCGGCGACAAGCACCCUGCGUUCCGCUACGCCGUUUGAGCGGCCAUGCACGUGCUUCCUUCUCCUGCCCGCUGGGCCCGUCUCGACGAAAGCGCCCUGCGCACAUUUCUAUCGCUGCUGGCUACCCCGCUUCUCUCUGUCACGGCCGUCACGUCUCUGAGCGAAUGGUACAAUCACAUGUGUGCAUCAGGUCGUAGAAC